CAUUGUAUAUUCAGAAUAUGCUGGCAUCUGUGGUGAAAUUAGAGAUGGUGCUUAUUGCAGCCAAGAGUACAAGAGUUUCAGAGUACAGAACCGGAUCUUUGCCUCGAAUCUGCAUCAAAGCCAGACUGAGUCUUGGGCUGUGGCACUGGGAGAGGCGAACUCGGAAGGUUUGCGGAAUAAAAUUCAGCAGCUCCGGAGGCUGAUCAUGGAAAUCAAAGAGGAGAGAUCAUCAGAUGAAGCACGACAGUUUUUCCCUUCAUCCCAGUUAGACAGUCUAGGAGAGCCGCAGUUAACGAGUAUUCAGAGAAUUGCAAAUGAGCCAAAGCUGGAGUUCAGUCUUGCAUGCAAGGAUCUAGUGGCUGCUACCCGUGAUCGGAAGCUGACUACGUUUAUCCAAGUCUCAGUGUUGCAUCCAGCAGAGCACAUUUUGACGUGGUAUUCAAGCACUGAAAUCGUGGAGGGUACAAAAGAUCCACUGUUUUUGACUGGUGUGACCUUCCCACCGGAAUACCCCAUCUAUGAGGAAACUAAAAUAAAACUAACAGUCUAUGAUGUCAAAGAUAAAUCCCAAGACACGGUCCGCACCAGUGUCCUAUCUGAUUACAAGGAACCAAGAGCAGAUGUUGGGCAAAGCUUCCUGGGCUGUGCAACUUUCAGAGUAGGAGAUCUGGUAAAGUCAAAGGAGCAUCAGUUGACCCUUACCCUCAGGAAUUCAAGUUGUCUUAGCUCUUUGGGAUAAAUUUUGCUCCCCUAAGUGACAUAUUGAAAAUUUGAUCUGAAAGACUGCCUCCAACAGGUGGCACAGUG